AUGACGCUGGCAUUGCGCUCUCCUGAACUUGUGUCCAACAUUGUUUCCGUGGAUAACGCCCCCGUCGACAAAAUUUUGGGCAGAGAGUUUCCCAAAUAUGUUCGCGCCAUGAAGCAGAUACAGGAUGCAAAGGUUGGACGCCAGUCAGAGGCCGACAAGAUCCUCCAGGAGUCCGAAGAGUCGCUCCCUAUCCGCCAAUUCCUUCUAGGAAACCUGUAUAGGCCUCAGGGAGAAGACAGUAUGAAAUUUCGGGUACCCCUGGACAUCUUGGGUCGUUCACUGGAUCACCUCGGAGACUUCCCUUACAAGGAUCCCCAGGCAGUCCGAUUCGAGAAGCCCGCCCUUUUCGUCCGGGGCACUCUGAGCAAAUAUGUCCCAGAUGAGGUCCUUCCGCUUAUUGGGGAGUUUUUUCCCCGUUUCCGUAUAGUCGACAUAGAAGCAGGACACUGGGUGAUCUCGGAGCAGCCAGAAGCUUUCAGACAAGGUGAGUAA